UGCAAUAUGGCGGCUCUGUUUGAAUUUCUUCUUCUUUCUUCGGCUUUUCUUGUUGUGCAGCUACACAGCCAUGUUAUUAACGUGGAUAAUUCCUUCAAUGAAAUGAAAGCAGAUGGUCGUUAUUGGUUUGUUGAGUUUUAUGCCCCAUGGUGUGGACAUUGCAAACGAUUGGAACCUAUUUGGAAAGAAGUUGGUGCUGAGCUAGCAAAACUAAAUAAAAAUAUUGCUGUUGCACAGGUCGAUUGCACGAAAAACAGAGCCAUUGCUGAAGAAAACGGGAUCCGUGGAUUCCCUACAAUAAAGUUUUUCCGUGGUAAAAUCUCAGCAAGAUACAAUGGAGCACCGACAAAAGAUGGUCUUGUUGAGUUUGCAUUAAAAUCUUCAAGGCCAAUUUUGACUGAAUUUAAAACAUCUGAAGAGUUUGAAAAGAGGAGAUUGAAGUCAGACGUCUUCUUUCUUUUUGUUAAAGAUGAUAGCCAGGAGUCUGAGGACUAUAAGAAAAUUGUUCAAGACAUUGCAGAACAAAAGAUCGCCCAAGUUGUGUUCUACUCCAUUGCAAGUUCAUUGUUACCUGAGAGUGUAAAGGUGGACAAAAUUCCAAGUUUACUGGUGUUCAAAGAUAUUCAAUAUUACAGUUUUGAAGAGAAAGGAGAACCAGUUAAUAAGACCACUGUUUCCUUAUGGGUUGAUUCUGAGAAAUUUCUUCCGUUCAUGUUCGUUACAGACACUAAUAUUAACGAACUUGCUGACUCAGGCAAGAAGGUUGUCUUUUUAACGUUUUCCAAAAGCAAAGAUCACAGUGAAAUUAAUAAAAAGAUGGGUGAAGUUGGAAAGAAAAUAGCGUUCGAACUGUACGCAACUUAUGGCAAAGACUUCCAAUUUGCCGGCAUAUUUGACACCGAUGUUAUUGAGUCGAUUAUGAUGAGCUCUGUCUAUGUUCCCUUUGUGCUCGUUCUUGAUCCACAAACACGACAUUAUUACACAAUGCCCGCAUCAGAAAUAUCUGAGAGUUUUAAUCAAGAACAACUGGAGGGUUUUUUGCAGAGCAUUUUAGAUGGAAAAGCGGUGGCACACGGUGGCAAAAGCUUUUUUGUGAGGAUUUGGCGAAUCUGGUGGGACGUCCGAAGUUCUGCAAAGGAAAUCUGGGCAUCCAGUCCCCUCAUGGCAGUGGUCAUAUUUGGUCUUCCGUUCCUCGUAUUCGGGUUUCUCGUUGUCAUGAUAUGUUGUCUGGAGGGUCCGUCGGAUGAUGAACACCAGGACACUGGGGAGCAUCAAGAGGGUAACGAGGAACAACGCGAGGUAGAUGGUGAUGAGAGGGGUGACAGUGAGGACGCUCUUGUAGAGGAUAAACAGGAUGAUCUCAAAAAGAACGAAUGAUGGGAAAGCUGAUUUUAAUUUUAUGAGGUAUGCCGUAAAAUACGAGUCGUAUUGUAGUAGUUUAAAGAAGGGAUUUUUGUUCCGAUGUUGACCCUUGACGUUCGUUGUUUGUGUUUUGGCGUCACGGAUUUGUUUUCAUUUCCGUUUUCGAACAAUUUCAAACUUAGUCAGAGCUGGAACAUUUGCAAAUACCAUCACGUGGGAUCGCUGGAAACGCGCGCCAAAACCUAAAUACUGAACUAAAUUUUAGAUACUUUGUUUUUGCAAUAUGGCGAUCGCUCGAGCGUUUGGACAAUUUUGGAAGUUCACAAUCCACUCCAUCCUGGUUAGAACACACCGAAAGAGUUAUCAUUCAGCGUUUAUUAUUCCUUAGGAGAUGAUAAUUAAAAAACUAUUUUAAAUUACUUUAGUCUUAUAUAAUAAUUAUAAUAAUCUAGAAGACCUUUGGGCGCUAAACUUGGCUAAUCAUGGCUAGUCAAUCUCGAUCAUUCCUAUUGAUGACUUCUGCUGUUGAAUUUAACUGAUUUAAAAUUAUCCCUGAAUAGCCUAGAACUUACUGUUCUGCAUUUUUAUUUGUUUCAUUUUCAACCCUCCUCGAUGUCAGUUGGUUUUUCUCAAACUGUUUUGAAUGCUGACUAGUAUAUAGUUGUUUUUUUUAUCGGCGCUUUGCAAUGUCUUAUUCAGUGCUUCACUUAUUUUUCAACCUUCCUCGUCGCCAAUAAAAAAAAUCAUCGUGCGUUACGCAACCGAGUUCUCGCCAUGCAUGAACUUUCCAUGACCUCCAAACAGUUUGACAUGCAAAGACGAAUACUA